AUGCCUAGUCUAGCAUCAGCUAGAGGACUCUCGAAUAGUACUCUCUGCCGGCAAGUGGAGACGAUGCAGACUCCUACACCUCCACCAAGUCUCAAGCGAAAGAGACGGUCUCGACCUUUGCUUGAUAAUACUGAGCCUUCUCCUACUCGCGUGAAAACGAAAGGCCAAGGACGUACGGCAUGUCGCGAUAGCACUUCCGUAGCUGGGGACAUGCAAAGACUUGAGCUACAAGGGACUGAAGCCAAGUCUGCAAACCAGCCUCGUGUACCUCUCGCAAAGGGCGAAGAGGUAUGGACUAGUCCGCCCACCAAUGUUGACAAUCCAAAUCCAGUUCAAUGCGAAAAAGACUACAAACUCUGUCCCUUGCCUCCAAUCUCUGACGACCUUUUUUCUUCUUCUUCUACUUCCUCUCUCUCAAGCGUGGGCCGCACGUUGUCUCUCAGGCCUGCUCCAAACGAAAUCCCAGAGACUCCGUCGCCCUCUCCCACAACACCAUUGACGCAGGGCACUGCGGACGCUCUCCAAGGGCAAAACUCUUCAUCGUCGAUUCCCACAUUGUGGUGGUCAGAAACGGAUCUGACGGGACAGACUCUUGAUACACAGGAUUCUGGGGACGAUGGAGAAGGUAUCAAUGGCAUCGGCUUCAUGCCCACCCCUGCUAUUGCAUAUGCUCGGUCCGAGAAACGCAGGAGGCAGCUCAAGGAUUGGAAAGAACGAGAAAGUCGGGAAGCUCGAAUUCGACGAGGAGAAAGAAGACGGAAGGGAGAUUCGGAGGUGUCUUCGAGGGUGGAGAUUGGAUAUAAUGAGCUUGGGAACGAAAAGAAGGUAAGGUUCACACAUGCCUAG